CGAAGCACUCCGAUCCGUGCUCCUGGCCUUAUCCUAUAUGCCCCAGCUAUGAUCCAAUCCCAUAUGAUAGAGAAUACUGGCAGUACUGCUCGGGAUUUCUGCUUUCUCGAACGAAACAUUCUCUCGCACUUAAAAAUCGCCAUCCUGCUUUCAUUAUUAUCCUCAUCUCUCCUUCUUCGAGCACGGCUUGUGCCAGAGACAGAGCCACAUUCAGAAUCUGGCGGCGGCAUCCCAUUGGCCAUCAUUGAAUUCAUUACUGCUAUCGCAUGUAUAGUCGCUGGAGCCUUUGAGUAUUACAGCGGUUACUGGGAUCUACGAUACGCACGGGCAUUUAUGGCUGCAGCGAAGUCGGCUCCACCUUAUCAUGAUGGGCGUAGUUGCGGGCAUUAUAUUUGGCACAUGUCUGGUUUUGUUGAUACAAGAGGCAUGAAUACCUUGAUGAGAGUUAACUGGCAUUGCGUAUUGAAGAUACUUAUGGCGGCCUGGUGCUUUAGUUGGAUGGUUUGGAAUGACGGUGCACGUUUUUUUUUUCACAUUAGUUACAGAUGAUCUUGGGGGACAUUACAUUGUACAAUACAAGCAACUCUGACCGUUGACAUUGGAAAAAAUGCAUCCUCCACGAUGCAGGUUCUUCGAUCC